AUGGCAUCCAAGACCCAAUCUAGAGGCUCUUCUCCAAAGACCCCUUCGAGAAGACCGAAGCUCAUGAGGGCAAGCGCUACCUGUCCCCAGCUGGCCACAUCCAACGCGUCCAGGAAAGACCUUGCCAGCCGACAGUCCUGCGGAGCGACGACGAUCCUCACCAGAGUUGCGAGUUAUUCGACGGCUCAACAUGAAUAUGCGAUGAGCUCGUCGCCCCAUAGCACUUGCUCCAGCCCCGAGCAGAGGAGUCCAGGAAGUGCAGGCUUGGGAGGGAGGAAGGAACCGUUUGAAGUAGCGAUCCAGCAGUGUGGAAACUAUUACAGCUUCCCAAGCUUUGAAGGCUUCCAAGGCUUCCUCGAGAAUAAGAGCAGCAUAGAUGAGCGGGAUGAGAAAGACGUGCCGUAA